UUGAUUCAUUUACGGAUUGAUUUUAUGCAAAAAAAAAAAAAAAAAUAGUUCAACAAUGGAGAAUCUUAAUACAAUCAAUUCUGCUUUGAAAAAAGUUAGUCUGGUUCGUUCGGCAACUCUUGAUACGUUAAAAUUUAUGGCCAACACAUAUCAAUCAUCAAGAGAAGUGGAAAUUGAAAUGGAUCCGAAUAAAAGCGAUAAUUAUAUGGGUGAAUUAUCAUCAUUAUCGAAUGUUUUGGAAACCAGAGUUCGUGAAUUGGAAACUGCUUGUACGUUGUUAUAUCCAACACUGAAUUCAAUCAAUUUAGCCAACACAGAAAUGAUUGCUCAAGAUCCUAAUUAUGAAAAGACAACCUGGUAUCCCGAUAUGGUCAUAUCAUAUCGAUGGUUGAGCAACACUCAAGAAUAUUCAACAUUGGCAUUUCAGGCAUUGCAAACAAAAUUUAGUAAACGAAAUUCUCGUUAUAGACAACGAACAUCGAAUCGUGCUAAUUAUAAUCAUAAUUUAAGUAAUCAUCAAAUCGAUUCAUUCAUUGCACAAUUACAACGAUCUGUUGAUGCGAUGUCCAUCGAAGUAGUUCGACCAUUUGGUGUAUUCACUGUUCUUAAAAUUGUUUUAGAUCGAACUUUAAGAGCUAUCAUUGUGUUGCGAGGAUUGGUCAUCGAAUGGGUAUUGGUGAAAAGUUUUGAAGAAAAUUUCGAUAAAUUAACAUCGAAUAAUUUGGCUAAAAUAUCCGAACGAAAUCCAUAUGCUACGAAUUUCAUUGAUCUAUUACAAGACGAUACGAUGGAUAUUUGGAAACCAUCACGAUAUAAAGUGUUUCGUACAAUCACUGACCAUUGUAAUGCUGCCAUUUUACAUUUUUAUGCUCCUUUUCAAAUGGAAAGUGCGAUCAAAGUUUUUAUGCUAUGGUUACGAAGUUAUUCAACACUAUUUUCAGCUGUAUGUCGUAAAUGUGAUUCACGAUUAUUGAAUGAUAUGCCACCAACAUGGCGUGAUUUUCGUACCAAUGAACCAUAUCAUUUUGAAUGUAGACCAUAAUAAUCAUCAUCAUCAUCAUCAUUUUUCAUUUUCAAUUAUCGUUUCUUACUUUUACAAUCAUCAUCAUUUAUAAUACAGAUCUUCAUAUAAAAGAUUCCAAUUUUUACCAGAAUUAAAAAAAAAAAAAUCACCGAGUUUUGUCACGUGA